UCUUUCUCGCUUUCAAGUCAGUCUACCUGGGAACGUUACCUUGGCCUCCCAGAACGCAGUGAGAGAAAAUAAUAUAGCAAAACAGAGGGGUGAGUUCACAGUGCCAAUAUGAACGACGGUAUAGAUUCAGUGUCUGUUUGACAAGCUGGAUGUAGCCUGUGGGGAUAAUAGUCCAUGGCAAUUUGAAGCAGCAGGUGGUCAGUUCAGUGGAAUCAGCCAUGGAGUUCCAUAAAGAGAAACUGACGAGGUGAAGAGAAAAAGACCCCAACAACCCAAGUUUCCUGCUCCUCCAAGGGACCCAGCGGCCUCCGCUCUUGCCUGUCAGAUUCUCCUUGUCACGUGACCCACUCCCCGCUGACGUCACGACAACAAGCGUAUUACCGCGUCAGCAAAGUGCGCUGUGAGAUUGCCGCAUUUGCGCACGGUGUUCUGUUUGGAGUAAAUGCAAGGGGAAAUAAUUGUGAUGAUGAAAACGUUUCCUUCAGCCAUUGUCAGUCUUCAGAGCCCAUCUGAAUGUCGUUAGGGGCUUCUUCAAAGAAAACACAGCGCCGUGGGCAUUCUUUGCAAGGAGACGCGUGUGUUUCUGGAUCUUAUUCUCUCUGAACGCUGUGUGCAUAAAAAUGACAGAGUGAAACACCACUGAAAUCUUCUUGACAAACAAACAUACCACAUCAUAACUAGGCAUUCCUCGUUGGGAGCGAUAUUUGAAAAAGAAGAAGUAAAAUAUCCGAAGUAUGAAGAAACACUCGAAUUAUUACAUGCUCUGUUACGUUCAGAAGUGACAAAUGCAUUUAGAGUCCACUGACAUUUCCGUGGUGUUUGCUGAUCGCCUUUCCUGUAUUGAUCACUUGUUCGUAGAGGAAUAGGGAUAGCAGCUCUACCGCAACCACAACCACCUCGACCACCACCACCACCACAACCACCACCACCACCACCACCACCACCACAACCACCAAGACGGACAGCCAGCAAAGAAGAAUCACCACAACCCAAGAUAGCCCCAACAACUCCCCUGCAUCAUCACCGCAUCCAUCAGCAGCCACAGUAGCAGCAACAGCAAAAUUUGAAAACCCAGUGGGAAUAAUACUGCCCAUCUCAGUACAACAUUGACAACAGCAACACAAGGCAGCUGCACUAUUCCCAGCAGCCUCCACGGCCAGGAUUAACUGCAACAUCUUCCUUGCAGGUACAACAGCAGCCGCAUUCCCGCAAUCACUAACAAAACUACACGCGCAACAAACAGCAUCACCAUCACCAGAACCACCAGCACCUCCGUCAUCUCAGCAGCUAGCACAACGUCGAGUCCGAGGUGCGCCCCGCCCUCCCCUUGCCCGCGCACGAUGACCUCAUUGCUCAUGGCCUGGUGGUGCAGCGUCGGCGGAUGACGUCUCAUGCACACCUCAUUACAUCACACCGAAGAUACAACGUUAAAAGAAAGAGUGGCAAGAAGAGCAUUUCUUUUCGGCUCAGAACUUCACCAAUGUAAAUAAAAAGUGUUCUUCCUUAAUUCAAACAAACUUGAACAAUCCUUUUGAAAAAAUAAAAUACUUCAUUUAGCCUAAAAACCUAUUUUAGGAUAUAUGUUUAGACUAAAUAUGAUUAAAGUAUUGUCUAAAAUAAAAUAGAAAAUAACUUGUUAUAUUAUUGUAAGAAAAAUGUGCACACAGUUAUCACAAAGCUUCAGAGAUCUCAUUAGUUUAUGGAAAUAACAUUUUCAAAAACCGUUUCCUCAUCAAGGAAGAUACGUUGUUCCACCAGUAACGAUUCGUGAAUAGAUAAAAUUAAAAAAAAAGUAGAUCUCUAGGUUCUAAUAAUUUGUGAACAAUAUUAAUAUCUCCGACGAAACCAGUUCCUACACCAGCAGCAAAUACCUAACGAAUAUAGCAACGUCUUUAUUGAUAUACAGAAUUGGUACGGCUGUCAUCGAGAAUGAUGAGUAUUGAAAUAACAACGACUACCCUCAGAAUAUCAACGACCAUAAAAAAUACGCUUAAAGUAAAGUGCAGCACUUCUUCUUAAUUCAGAGUGAACAAACAAACAAGCAAACAAACAAAACAAACAAACAAACAAACGAACUUGAAAGAAGCACAGUCAGCUCUCAAAGGAGGAGGAAGGACCUGGAGGUGACAGGACGACGGCACGUCUGAGUGUACAUCUAGCAAAGGACGACGUGUUACGGUCUUCGUCUUCUUCUUUUGGACACACUCUCAACACUGUCUGACUCCAAGAUAUAGUUUUGAACGAAAUAACAUCAGAAUUAAAGGCACGUCUCUUUAAAGGGGGUCUUGCUAGUUCCCAUUCAAUAUCGUUUUUGGUGAAGAAGUAACAUAGAAAGAAGUACGGUGAAGGUGAAAUCUUCCCUGCUGUUGAGAGUUGACCAAUACGUGUUUGUAGGCUUUCUCUGUGCAGCUGAAGCAGUUUGAGACAGAGAGUGAAGAAGGAGUUCAAGUCUUUGCCUCCAUUUAGGAGACCUUCGCUCAACGUCCAGACUUUACCUCGAUCAAUCCCGACUUUAUUCGUCUGUGGAAGGAACAGCCCAACACAAGUCCUAAAGCUAUAGAGAUUUCAUUCAAGAAGAUAAUACCUGCAGAUGAGAUUUUUUCUUGUGCAACCCGAAUUCUAUCUCUUAAGUCAGAAGUCUUUAUCCAACAGACCAGAUUGAUUUUUACUCAGGUAAGAUCGGUUUCUAUCAGUCGUUGGAAGAAAUAGCACUGACGUCUGAACGGAAAAAUUGUCUCUGAAGAAGACGUUCGCCGCUUUCAGAUUCAACUCGUUCUGACUGGAUUCUGUCUCGCUCCGCUCGAAUAUUCAGUCUGUCGUUAGAAAAAAAUAGCAGACCAAAAUUGGGGAACGAAAGGUCAUCAUUGUUCGAGACGUUUGCUGCGCUCAGGGUUCUUUUGCGUUCAGAACGGAUUUUAUGUGUCGUCACAAGAAAUAGCAAGGCAAAGUCUAGAGAGAGCACAGCCUUACUACAAGGCCACCGUUAUUGUGAAUAGACUUUAUCUCUUAGAGCCCGGAUUUUCUCUUAUACGGUCCGGAAUCCAUCCCACCAAGACCGGAUUCUAUCCCACUCAGAUCGGAUUCGGAUUAUAUUCCACCUAGUUCGGAUUUUAUCCCACCCGGACCAUCUUUUGUCUUAAAGUCUGGAAUAUAUCUCGCCCUUACUGGAUUGUAUCUCUUACAGAUCGGAUUCUAUCUCACCCAUUCCAGAUUUUCUCUUUUACAGUCAGGAUUCUCCAGCCCAGACCGGAUUGUCUCUUACAGUUCUGGUUCUAUCUCACCGAGACCGGAUUCUAUCUCGCCCGGACCGGAUUCUAUCUCGCCCGGACCGGAUUCUACCUGUUCUUGUACGGAAUAGCAGGCCACACACGGCGGAGAAAGAACCGAGACUUCUCUCACGGAGACGUCGAUCGCUGUCAGGAAUUGGCCAUCACUAGUUGGUCAGCGCGAGACGGGACGUCUAGCUCAGAUUGAUGGGCGAUGCUGAACCCAGGGCACACCCUCGACCUCGGGGUCAGGCCUCACCCUUCAUGCCCAGGUUACGUAAGCGUGGUGAGAAGCUGCUGCACAGUAAGUACGUGGUGAUCCUGGUCAUCAUUCUCACCGUCACCGACUGUGCUCUGGUCAUCGCCGAACUCAUUCUGGACCUGUCAAGUGUCAAAAAGACACAGGGCGCCACGGAGGCGAUGACUCUUAGCUUCGUGGAGAAGAUCAUCAAGAAGUACCCGGAUGAGGUGGCGCCCCUCCACUCCCUCACAGACGUCUUCGAGGAGCUCAACCACGCCGAUAUCGUCUGGAACAACACUCGGAACAGCAGAGGUCACGACCUUGACCCUGAUCUCGAACGGAACCUCCACCACCACCACCACAAAAAUCGUGACGCUCUUCACACUUCGGUGACCACACCCACGUCCGUUCCGGUGGUCGGUGGAGAGUCUGUGGCUGAGGGCUGGCCCCUCUCGUCGGACACACCUCUGGGGGUGGGGAAUUUCUCGAGGGCGUUAAGAACGUUGUGGAUUCAGAAGAGGAAUUAUUCUUCCAAUAGCAGGUUUCGUCGAUCGAACCGAAACGAUUCCCUCAGGGACAGCAGCGCUGUAUUGUCCAGGUUACUGGAACGGACGCGUUUGGAAAUCGAAAAAGUUUUGUCGAAACUGUCUCGACGUCGAAAGCGGUCUUCGGAGGAGACAGGUGGCCUAACUGCUGAAUAUGAAGCUACUGACAGUGGAGAGGCGGGGGAUACGUCUCGCAAUUCUCAGGAGUUGGAGGAUGAAGUGCUCAAUUCUGACUUCUUCGAAAAUAACUACGGCAAAAAUAAUGGCAAAACAUAUUUAUCAUCACUGACGGGUUUGAUUGUGAAAAUUCUAACUAUGCAAUCUAACGAGACGGGGCCUAUUCUCGGAGGUCCUGCCCGUUAUGCAGAAGCACCUUUGACUGUGGAAAGCGCUGGGAAAGGAGAAGGAAAAGGGGCCAAACAUGUGAGCGACCAAGAUAUCUUGCACAAAUAUAGACUGGAGUUUCACCACAGUGAGGACAUGGAGAUAGCUCAUAAGCUUCACUAUGCCAGUGUUGCUGUGGUUUCUAUAUUGCUCAUAGAAGUUACCAUGAAGAUCAUCUGUGCCGGUUCCCAUUUUCUGAAACGGAAAAUAGAGGUGUUUGAUGCUGUAAUUGUCGUCGCUUCUGUUAUCGUGGACCUCAUCUUCAUCAAAGGCCUGAACCAAUUCCCUGUCGACGAUUCCAUCUUUGUCCUGGCCUUCUUGCUACCCUGGAGAGUCAUCCGAGUGGUCAAUAGUCUAGUCAUGGCGGUCAUUGACCACGAACAUGUCAAGCUCCGGCUAUUGUACUCCAGGAAGAAGAAACUGGACAAGACGGUGGAGACUCUCAGGAACGAAGUGGAUGAACUCAAAGGCAUGAUGCAGGAUAUCCGUCAGUUCUGCAUUAAAGAAGGGAUCGAAGCCAGCAGAAUCGACAGCCUGCUAGGUAAAUUCGCUCCCAGGAGACGAAAAGACUCCAAGUUUUACACUCUUGUGAAGCUUGUGAUGAGCACGGCGUCCAUCAACAACAACAACAACGACAACGACUCUGUGAGUAGCUCCAGCAUGGAAAACGACCUCCGUGACUACGCCAACAGAGACAGUGUCCUCAACGAGGCCACCAGCAACGAAAACACGGUGACAUCACUGAAGCAGUACCUUUCCGUGCCCUUCUUCUCCGGGGGGAACAGGUCCAACACGCUGGACAUCGAGAGUCGUGGAAGUGGCCGGUCUGGAGGCAGCCCCAGUAUUUACAUAACGUCUCCAGCUAGCGACGAUGAAGCGCCUGUAUUUUCUUUCGACAUCGCUGAUGAAGACGACGUCGAUAUGUCUAACGACCAAGACGAUGCCGGAUCUCAAGACGACGAAACAUCGAUUCAGGCCGGAAGUGACGCAGCCACCAUCGCGGUGACGUCAGCGGAAGUGAAUACCGUAUCGCCCAACGUGGCGUUUUAUGUGGGUAGCCAGAGUUCAUUGUGUAGUGUACACUCGCAGGAAGAUAUUCGCACCGUGGUGGACACGAACGAUAACUACGAGCGGAACUUCCCGAUGUGUGGCGUACCGUGUGCAAGCGGUGGCGAAGACCUCGCAGCCGCCGCUCUAGACGACGUCAUUUCAAACUCCCCCACUGUGAACUCAAACAGCUGGGGUCCCUCUCGACACUAUAGCCGUUUUCUGACCGUGCCUUGUUGCACACUCAGUCUUUCCGCUGUGACCAACACCACCAGCACUGCUACGAGCUACCCUAGCAGCAGCAACAACACCAACAAUAACAGCAACAGUAACAACAAUAAUAAUAACGCGUGUGCGGAGACACAUCCUCUGUUGGGUGACCCACCGCCUGGCCAGAAUAUGACGCGGUCAGUCUCGGACAACUGUGACGUCACGGCUACACAGUACGGAGCCCGUACAUGUGGAGGUCGUUACGGCAGCCCGGUUCCUAUGCGGCGCAAACCCUGCUUAUCGGAAAAACGCAGAUCGUACGCACGUGCCAGAUCGGAAUCAAUAGAAAACCAGGAAUUUAUUCCCCUGAUGUCUCAAGGAGCGAACAAAGGAAGAGUCAGACAUCACAGCGACUUGGAAGGGAGACCAUCGACAAGAAAAGAUGACCUGAAGCGUUCUCGCUCUCACUCACCGUCCCCGAUGGUUCUCUUAGGGGUGCCGGGCCAGACCAAGAAAUACUCAGACCCACCCCCGUCGUAUCAGGCCGCUUCUCGGUCCAUGAAUGACGUCAGUUCCGCAGGAAAGGGCCAGUCCGGGAAUCCCCAUGCCAACAAUCUCGGAAAGGAUGGCCGGAUUUUGCGUCGUUCUUGUCUCAGUUUGACUAGCGAAGGGAGGAAACGACGGGGGAAAUCGCCCCAGAGAGUCAGUUUUAAAGUCUCUUAACACGAACAGAUGUGCAUGGGAAAAAUACAACAAUAUUCAAAUUACGAAUAUUUACUGAACCACGAGAUCGUGUAGCUGAUAUUUAUUCCAAACAAAUAAUUUUUAAAAUGCUGUUGAAUCAAAUCUUAUUGAAUGCAGAAACCAGUUGUGCUGAGGAAAAAAUCACUGGGGAGGUGCAAAUAUAGCAUUUAAUUUAUAUUGAACGUCGGUACUUUUCAACAUUAAAAAUAAAGAUAAAAGCUGCCAUAGCAAUAACAUCAUCCGUUGAUAAAAGCGUUGUUUUCAACAAGUAGUUAACGAUUUCUUAGGGAGUCUCAUAACAAACUUCUGUUAUUAUAUUCUGUAUGUGUAUUAAAAAGUAUGGGUUACUCUCUGAAGAAAAUGGUAUCUAUGAGAUACCGUGCUGCAAGAAACCCGAUGAAAGACUCAAGUAGUCUCAAAUCUUGCAAAGAACUCAAUCGGCCUUUCUGGGACUGCGAAUGCGACCAUUUAAUUUUCUACAAGGUGGAAGCUCCUCGUUCGAUUUCAAAACAGUUCCAAAUUGAUCUUUCUUUCUUCUACCAAAAUAGUUCCUCUCAGCCCGGUGUCCUAACGGGGACCAACAUGAUCGACUGUUUCUUGCAGCAACAACAAGAAUAACAACGACAACAAAAACAACGUUUACACCCUAAACAACUGCAAGGAGAAAAUCUAACUCCUAUUUCAAAAGGCGCACUUUCGUAACAAGAAAAUAAUAGUCUUUGAUCCCCAAAUUUGUGUCUGAUCUUUGUAAAUAAAAACGAUACAGAACACGAAAUACAUUUCACUUCAGUUGAUGGUUGGUAUUGAACUAACAAAUUACCAACUGGGACUGAACUACUACUAGGGGUGAGUAACCCGAUAUUCUCUUGAUAACAUAAUGUAUUACUAUGCUCUAACGUGAAAUAUGAGCUUAGCGUUAUGAUUAGAUGAAGUGAAAGUGUCAAAGUCCUUGUAAAAAAACCCACUUGGCGAUUCAAAGUGAACACGAAAUGCUCUUGCCUCUCUGAUUCGCUACUACUUAUUAGGCCAACUCAUUAAUGAAAAAUAAAUUUCCUUAAUUAGAAAAGCAAGAUAACAUAAAAUAAUAUGUAUUUGAACGCAUGAAUUUAUCGGUUGGAAAAUCACGAAAGCAGUCAUAAUAUGUUCCUUUAAAAAAAAAAAAAUCACACUUGUCAAAACAACUUGAAAAAGAUGAGCCAAA